AUGGAUUGCAGCAAAUUGGUAGAAGAUGGGACUCCUGAAUUAGGAAUGGAGUUCAACAGUGAAGAGGAUGCUUGCAGCAAGAAAGGUGUGAAGCGCAAGUACGAAGGUGAUGUGAUGCCAAAGAGGACACGAGUGCCAACGAAAACAGGGUAUGGAGUUAAAAUGGUUAUCGUGUUGUUUAGAGGGACAAUGAAGUACCGUGUGCAUGAUCUUGUCUUAGAGCAUAACCAUGAGUUGUACAUUGCUCAAUGUUCGCACAUGAUGCCAUCACAAAGAAAAGUGAGUAAGACUCAAAGAUUCCAAACUGAAAUAAGCGAGGUUGCUGGGCUUUCAUUGAAACAGAGCCAUGAGCUUAUGGGAAAGGAGACAGGUGGGAUGGGUAAUGUGGGAUAUACUCGGGAUGAUGUUAAAUGA